AUGGCCAUGAUCAUCACAAGCUGCAGGUUUCUUGUAAUUUCUUUGAUCAUCGCCUCAUCACUCCUCAUCGAUCAAACCGCCAUAUUAGCACUGGCUGAUGACGUUGGUGAUAAUGCGUUUUGCGUCCCGAAGUGUGAGAUGAGGUGCUCGAACGUAGGGAGGAAGGAUAGGUGUCUUGAGUAUUGUGGGAUAUGCUGUAGAGAUUGCCAUUGUGUUCCUUCAGGAACCUAUGGUAAUAAGGAUGAGUGCUCUUGUUAUAGGAACAUGAAGACCUCCAAGGGACAGCCCAAGUGCCCUUAA